UACAGCUGUGAUUAAUCUCAAUUUCUUUGUUGCAAUUUAAUAAGUCCAUUAUAAUAUAGACGAAUCGGUGAAUUACCGCAUAAUUAUAAUUAUAACUUGAGCAAAUAGUGCGGAGAACUUUGGAAUACUCGAAGAAUAUAAUUGAAAAUAAUGCUUCUAAUAAAAACCUUGAUAAUUCUAUUAUACAGCUAUAGCAUUCAAGCUGCUUCCAAUACAUUACCAGUUGUACUUUGGCAUGGAAUGGGUGAUACUUGCUGCCUACCCUUCAGCUUGGGUGCCAUAAAGAAACUGAUUGAAGUGGAAACAAAUGGCACAUACGUGCGGUCAUUAAAAAUUGGUGGCAAUAUUGCGUUGGAUUAUGAAAGUGGAUUCUUCAUACAUCCCGACGAUCAGGUGCGUUAUGUGUGUGACCAGCUGGCCAAAGAUGUGCAACUAACAAAUGGUUAUAAUGCAAUCGGCUUUUCACAAGGUGGUCAAUUUCUCCGUGCAGUGGCUCAACGUUGCUCCACGCCGCCUAUGAAAACACUCAUAACAAUAGGGGGACAGCACCAAGGUGUCUUCGGUUUACCAAAAUGUCCCUCACUGACAAGCUCGACUUGUGAACACUUGCGUAAAUUAUUGCAUCGCGCUGCUUAUAAAGAAUGGCUACAACGUGAUUUAGUGCAGGCUACAUAUUGGCAUGAUCCAUUGCAUGAAGAGGAAUAUCGCCAGAAGAGUUCAUUUCUUUCAAACAUAAACAAUGAAGUGUUUAUCAAUCAAACUUAUAUAGACAAUUUAAGUAAACUCGAGAAAUUUGUUAUGGUUAUGUUCUUGAAUGACACCAUCGUGCAACCCAAGGAAUCGCAAUGGUUCGGUUUCUACAGUCCUGGACAGGAUACAGUUAUACGUCCGCUAAAAGAAAGUCCCGUAUUUGAAGAUCUUGGCCUCGAUCAAUUGGACAAUACAGGCAGACUCAUAUAUUUGUCAGUUGAAGGCGAUCACUUGCAAAUGACAAGCAAAUGGUUUAUUGAAAAUAUUAUAACACAACUUGCCAAGAACUAAAUUAACGAGAUAUCAAGCAAAUUGAUCUCUAAUUUCGAAUUUAUAAUAAUUUUUAUAAAUAAAAUUCUAAAAUACUCCACGACGACGAAUUCUUGAGCUACUUUGUGAUGAAUACCAAAUGAUAUGUUUUAAAGUAAUUAACUAAUAUACAUUCAUUCAUGGAAAAUUAUUGUAAUAUUAACUGUAUGUUUGUAAAGCACACCUAUGUAUGCAUAAUACUCCAAAAAGCAAUAAGAAAAUAAUAAUAUAAAUUGAAAUGAGAA